AUGACGCAGGAACAGGGAUUUGACAAGAUCAAUACUCUUUGUUCCCCACUAUCAUCAGAUAUCCUUUGUACAACACAUACCGAAUCUUUUAUUUAUUUUGCAACAAAAGCUCCAACAAUUUGCAAAUACGUAAUUGAUAACAGAUCUAAAGGCGAAAUUUCCGAACUUCAAUUCACAUGGAGUACUCCAAAGGCAAUGCAAACUAUCAAGAUCGGAGAUAGAUAUAUUUUGCUUGUUUUAGCAGGCAAAAGUGUUUAUUAUCUCCCUGAAGAUAAAUGGCCAGGUAAAUUCCUUGAAACACCAAUUACAAAUGCAUUAUUUAUAGCUCCGUCCGAUAACCACGAGGAGUUAGUAGUCGUAGAACCAAAGGAAAUUGGAAUUUACAGAUUCUCUAACAACAAUCUCGAAAAGAUGAGAUCAAUGCCACAUAAAUUCAGACCUCUCGAUCUUGCCGUAGGAAUUUCGCAUUUUGUUAUUGUUGAGAAAGGAGCUUAUCAUAAAUUCGAUUUUCAGUUCAAGAAAUACGAAAGCCAAAACAUGCAAAUAAAGUCAAUCAGAUCUAUCAAGGGAAAGAACAACUUUGCAGUGUCAUAUCAAAACACUGUAACUUUAUUAUUCCCAGAUAAAGAAAUUGAUCCAAGCAAUCUUAAUUUCACCGACGAAAUCGUAUACCUUGAAAUUAUACCUCCUUACAUCUUCGUUCUGACCUACAAAGCUCUAAUAAUCAAAUCUACAAUCGGAACCAUUUGCGAAGAGUAUCCAAUACCCUUCAAACUCAAAUACCCAUGCGUAGAAAUCAUGCCAAACUUCAACGUUGUCAUUACAAACAAAAAUAAUACUUAUAUUUCCAGAUACAACACGAAUGGCCCAGACAGACACAUAUUCCAUCUUAUCUAUACCAACAAUACCAAACAGUGGGAAAACGCGAUCACUUUUUGUCGAAUAAUCAAAUAUCCAGAUUUCAGGAACGACCAAAAGCUUUCGGACAUUUAUCUACAGUAUUCCGAGAACUUAGUAAGUGCGCAACGCUACUCCGAUGCUUUCGAGAAGUUCCAGAUGAGUAUGAAACAUCCAUUUGCAAUUCUUAAACGUUUUACAACUUUUGCGACACAAGACCUUAAGAAAGCAACAAUGGAUGAUAUCCAGAAGACAAAAGACGCAUAUACGAAAGUCCUUGAUACCCUGAAAGACCUUCCAGACACUUCCAGAAUCAAUCCAGAAAAAGUUUACGACGCAAUUAAAGAAUUGAAUCAAAUCACUCAAAGCGAUGAAGAAAUCCCCGACGCGUCGAAGAUCUACAUGAAAUACGAGGACUACGCACGCGAGGCUAAACAAGGAAUACAAAGUCUCGACGAGGUGAAGAAAAACGCCGAUGAUUUGUUGACAUCAAGAUUUUUGUCAAAACCGCUUGGAAAAGAUCAAGAAGCAAUUAUGCCAUUACAACAAUACUUGAAGAACAUUCUUAAGAACGAGACAAAUUCCACAUGCAAGAAGAUCUAUAAUACAAUGUUAUUCCAAUGCUAUGCACGCACUGCACAACAAUUUGAGUUAUCUAAAGAGAUUAAAAACAAUCCACCGAUUUUCUUUACGAUUGUUAAAGAUACAUUUAUUAAUCUCCAACAACAAGAUGCUCUUAUUGAUUUGUGCGAGUUACAUGGCCAGCAUGACAUUGCAAUUCGCUUCAUUUUGGGCCAACACAACAUUGACAGAGCGAUUUCUUAUUUGAGGAAUUCAAAGGAUUGUUUGACACAAGGAAAAAUCUUUUUCGACGAAAUCCUCAAAGAACUGACUACACAAGUAUUGGAUACAACAAGUGUUAGAUCUAAAACAGAAAAGAGUGUUUAUCCAAUACAAUACAUCGACUCAAGACUGAACAAAGCAAGCGAAAUCUUUUGUUCUCCAACUUUGAUGUCAACAGACAUUGACACUGUUGUUCAUUUCUUGCAGAAGAACGACAAAGUUGAUGAAGAACUGAGGAAUAACUUGUUGGCUCAUUUCCUCGAAUUCGCAAUUUACGACAGAGGUUUGUUACAAAAGUCGAUUGCGAAAUUAUUAGUUGAUGUUUAUUUGAAUUUGUUGAAAGAGAAAUCUAAAUUUGGAUCAAGCAAAUCAUUGAUUUCUCAAGAAAAAGAUCCGAUUAAGUCUUACAGAGAAGGACUUAAAAAGAUCUUGGAAACAAUUCCAAGCAGCGAAUUCGAUGUUGACAUCAUUACUUCAAUCGAUAACAUGUUGAUUGAAGAGAAACUCAUCGCUUACAGAAAGAUCAAAUCAAUUGAACACGCGUUGGAUUUGAUCACGAAAUCAGAAAAGAGAUUCACAAAAGGAGAAGAAAGAUUGGAGUAUGGUUUGUAUCUCUUGGAUUGCUACUACGACAAAGAAAAUCCAAGUACAAUGGAGAUAUACAACAAGUAUUUGUUCGAAAUGAGAAACACAGAAGAAAUGAAGGAUUACGUAGCAGAAUUCGUCAAUAAAUGCGCAGAUCGAAUCAAACCUGAUGCUGCUAUCGAUUUCAUCGACUUGAAUACUUCUAUUUCUGAUAUCUCUGAGUUCUUGAAAUACAUAACAACAUCCGAUUUGAACACAUCAAGAUUGGCUCAGCUAAAGAAUGGUUUACUUGAUACAGUAAAAAGAGAAAAAGAACAACAGUUGAAGUACUUGAAAGGUGGUUUCAUCGAGGUUGGAACAAAUACAAAGUGCGCAAUCUGUGGAAAACCAAUCAAUGACUCCGUGUUCUAUGUAAUGAAAGAUAACUUUGUAACUCAUGCUUAUUGCAGACCUAAUUCUGAUAAGAAAUGA